AUGGCUACUUCAUUCAACAUGAUUAAGGAUCUUGAUAUUGCUGUUGCUAAUCAAGUUUGGCGUAUCAAAGUGCGUGUCAUCAAAAUAUGGUCUAUUAAUUUAGGCGAAGAGAAGUUCAGGAGACCUAACUUAGAGAUGGUUGUUAUGGAUGAAUUAGGUGAUCGGAUACAAUGUUCUGUAAGGAAUCCUUUGAGGAGAUUAUUUGAGCAGGAGUUAGUUGAGGGCAUUGUGUACUCUGUUGCUAACUUCUCUAUUGAACUUAAUGAUCAAAAGUACAAGCCAACCAAUCAUACUCUGCGUGUGUUCUUUAAAAGGGAAUCUCAGAUUCGUGUGUUAGUCGAUAUUAAUUUCCCAAACAAUAUUUUUCACUUUGUGCCUAAUGAAAUGAUACUUAAUCAUGAUAAUCCUCAGUCUCACUUGAUAGAUGUUAUUGGGUUGUUGACUGGAAAGGGUGAUAUAAUAGAGUUCAGUAAGAAUGGAAAAAAGUCCAUAUACAUGGUUAUUGAGCUUGAUGACAUGCAAUCUAAGGGUAAGAUAAGGUGUACGUUGUGGGAGGAGUUUGCUACUCAACUGGUGAAGCACAUGGAGCAGUACCCUAAUACUGAUUUCAUUAUUAUUGUGCAGUUUGCCAAAUUUAACCUGUUCAAGGGAACCAUGGGCAUAUCUAAUACAAACUACAACUCUACCUUAUACAUUAACGCUGAUCUUAAAGAAGUUAAGGAAUUUAGACAAAGGUUUAUCAUGGGUAAUGACAAGCCAUCUAACCAGCUUUCUCAAAUUGCAUCUGAUUCAUUGAUUUCCCUUGAGCAAGAUCUUAUUAACCAUACUCCUUACAAGUCUAUAAGCGAACUUAAGGAGAGCACUGAGGAUGGAAUAUUUGUUACCAUUGGAACUGUGAUUUCUAUUGACACUAGACUAGGUUGGUGGUACAAAGGGUGCAAGAUGUGUUUUCAUUCACUUAAAGAAGAUGAGAAUUCAUAUUAUUGCCAUGAAUGUGAUAUUUAUCCUAAUACUCAUGUUCCUCGUUUCUGCAUUCAAAUGAGAGUAUCAGAUGAGAUAGACUCUGCUUCAUUUAUUGUUUAUGACAAGGAAGCCUCCAAAUUUCUUGAGAUAUCUACUUCUGAGCUUCGUUUGAGACAAAUAUCAAAGGGUUGCGGCAAGGAUGAAUUUCCCGUUGAGAUUAAUUCAUUUAGGGGUAAGAAGUUUCUAUUCAAGAUUUCUGUGAAGCUUGAUUAUAUCAAUGCUUUCCAGCCAUGCAAGAUUACUGUUUUGAAGUUGACUGAAGAUCCAAAUCUGCUCACUUCUUUUUCUUCCAAGUACAAGACAUUUGAUAACACCCCAAUCAAAAAUACUAAGUUGCAGAGUUUGCAAAUUGAUUCUACUAAUAAUUCUAAGGAGAUUAGUUCACAAUCUUGCGAAAUUAUUUCUCUUGAUGGCAAUGAUGACUUUGUAACUCCUAAGAGAGGUAUGAUAGCUGGUGUAACGGCAAAAAAUUUGCUGGACAUUUUCCCGGAUAAUGCCACUACUUCAUCAUCCAAAUGUCGGAAGCUCUCCAAGGAGUCUGAUUGUAGCUUUGUCAAAGAGCAUGUUGAUUAA